AUGUCUUGUUCGAGCAAACUGAGACACUCUUUUAAGGACGGAGCAUUUUUCACACUGUCCCACGUGAGAGACGUCUGCGAGGUGCAAUACGAAGUCACGGGCGAACUAAGGGGCUUGACGAGCGAGGAGUUGGAUAUUAUUUCGUCCAAAGAUUCAGAGUCCACCGCAGACCAGGCAACCUCCAAAAUCUCGCCAGGAUCUCUGGAGGAAUGCUGUUCAUCGCAAGUGGUGGUUAUAUGGAGCACAACGAACGCCGAAGGGCUUGGUUGCACUGUCAUUGGGUUGGUUUGUAGAAUAUCGAUGAAAUUUUUUUUGAGUGGAGAAUCAUAA